CGAGAGCCGCACGGAUCGGGGCACAGAGAGAUUCCGCACGGAUCCAUCGGGGCACAGAGACUACGGCGCCGGUGGCGGCCUGGCCACUGGUGGUCUCGCCGCGCAUCCUCCGCGUGAGUGAAAGCAGCUGCGGGAUAUAUUCGUUUCGUCCCCGAUCGAGCCUCCCCGCUGCGCAGUCUCCUCGUCGACAGGGAAGAAGGGGGAACGCCUGUGUGAAAGAGGGGAAGCUUCCAUUGCGGGAUCUGCGAACGGUUCAAAGAUGGCAGAGACGGUGUUCACUCCAUCCUUGGAAGGGAUGAAGCAUGUCAAGGCAGAAAAUGGAGUCAUUCUCACCAAGCCUUUCCUUGAAGUCUGCAAGCAAAUAUUGCCUGUCCUGGAUAAAUUUGGAGCUGCUAUGGCAAUCGUAAAGAGUGACAUCGGUGGCAAUAUCACAAGACUGGAAAACAAGUAUUCUUCAGACCCAUCAAAAUAUGACCACUUGUACAGCAUGGUUCAGGAAGAAGUUCAAAACAAGACUGCAAAAGGUUCCUCGAGCUGCACAAAUGGGCUUCUAUGGCUCACAAGGGCCAUGGAUUUCCUUGUUGAGUUAUUCCGUAACCUGCUUGAGCAUCCAGACUGGACUAUGAGUCAAGCUUGCACUGAUUCGUACACCAAAACUCUGAAGAAAUUUCAUGGCUGGCUUGCCAGUUCUAGCUUUACGGUGGCCAUGAAGCUUGCUCCUAACAGAGAUAAAUUUAUGGAGGUCAUUAGCGGAACAGGUGACAUCAAUGCAGAUAUUGAGAAAUUUUGCACAACCUUUUCACCAUUUCUCAAGGAAAAUCACGAGUUUCUGGCAAGUGUUGGUCUUGAUGAUAUGAAGGCUUCAUAGAGCAAUCUCCACAACGAUUACAACAAAAUAAACUUGUCCUAAGAAAAGUGUUGCUGAGGAUACAGUGUUUUCCAUCGUCUUCUUCCCCUCCCAAAAGGGGAAAAACAUACAGGGUAAUAACAAGUUUGUCACCAUGAUUGACCAUGGAUGCUUACACAGUGAAUCGACAGUGCUAAAAAGAACUUGUCUUUGGAACUCGCUCCCCUGUUACAGAAAGUUUGCAUAUGGUGGUGGAACUCUUGUACUCUCAAAAAUUCUUAUUCUGUGCUGAAACGCUAUGAGAACUUCGCAACAAUAUCAUAGCCAAAUUCCCGUACCAACUUAACUAUUAUCAGCUUUAUAAAUGUGCCUGUAGCAUGUACCUGA